GGGUACCAUCAGAUUGCAAUCCGGCCCGAGGAUCAACACAAAACCGCCUUUCAGACCAGGUACGGUCUGUACGAAUUUGUGGUGAUGCCUUUCGGCCUUUGUAAUGCUCCUGGAACCUUUCAGCACGCUAUGAAUCGGAUAUUCCAUGACUACUUGGUUAAGUUUGUCAUCGUGUACCUCGAUGACAUACUUAUUUUUUGUAAGACUGUCGGGGAGCACGUUGCACACUUGGACAAGGUCCUCAGUCUCCUGCGACAGCACAAGUUCAAGAUCAACGGUGAGAAGUGCGAGUUUGGCCGCACCCGUGUAUUGUACUUGGGUCAUGAGAUAUCCGCAGAAGGGCUGAAGCCCGAUGACGCGAAGGUGGCCAGCAUUCGUGAUUGGCCACGUCCUCAGUCUGUGACUGAGAUGAGAUCUUUCUUAGGAAUGAUAGGCUACUAUAGGACUUUCGUUAAGAACUACAGCAUAGUGGCCGCUCCUUUGACUGAUCUGACCCGCCUUGACACCCCAUGGGAAUGGACAGAUGAGUGCGAGGCUGCUUUCAGACAUCUGAAGCAUGCGUUGACGCACUACGAGGUCUUGAGACCUCCCGAUCUUGAUAAGUCGUUUAUAGGCACCACGGAUGCCAGCCAAUAUGGCAUUGGCGCCGUGCUUGCACAACAGGAGUGGCCAAAGUUGAGGCCUAUAGAGUACAUGUCCAAGAAAAUGCCGUCUCAGAAGUUGGCUAAGUCCACCUAUGAGAAGGAACUCUAUGCGGUUUACAAGGCUCUGACCCAUUGGAGACACUAUCUCCAUGGGAGGUUCUUCAUCCUUAGGACUGACCAUCAGACCAUGAGAUGGAUAAGAACUCAGCCUGUACUCUCUGACGCUCUCAAGCAUUGGAUCGAAGUCAUUGAGCAGUAUGACUUUGACCCUCAAUAUCUGAAAGGGGAGUACAACAAGGUUGCUUAUGCCUUAUCGCGUAUACCUGAUUUCUCAGGUGCGCUGAUUACUGAGUUGGAUCUGACGGACAAUGUUACUCAGUCCUUGGUGGAAGCCUAUCGCGAGGAUCAGUUUAUGUCAGAAAUCAUAUGCAGACUAGAGGCGAAGGACAAAAAGACUUCAGCCGAGUUUGAGUUGGUUAACGGCUUGCUGUUCCUUGAGAAUGCAGGGAAUAAGCGUUUGUAUGUCCCGAAUAGCGAGUCUUUGCAAAGUUUGUUUUUAGGUGAGUGCCAUGCCGCCACCGACCAUUUUGGGUAUAAGAAGACCACAACCAAUCUGCUGCAAAGGUUCUGGUGGCCCACGAUGAUGCGAGAUGCCCAGUUGUACGUGGAGACUUGUCAGGUAUGUCAAAGAGACAAGCCACGUACUCAGGCUCCUCUUGGGCUCCUGAAGCCCCUUCCGAUUCCGGAAAGGCCUGGUGAGAGCCUGUCCAUGGACUUCAUGGAUACACUGAUCACCAGCAAGAGUGGGAUGCGACACAUCUUCGUCAUCGUGGAUAGAUUUGGUAAGUAUGCUAGGUUAGUAGCAAUGCCGGAAAUAGCAAGAACGGAGUAUGUGAUUCGAAUGUUCAAAGAAAACUGGGUCAGAGACUUCGGUUCACCGAAGUCUAUUAUUAGUGACAGGGAUGUCCGAUUUACCAGCGAAUUGUGGAAGGCUGCUGCUGCAGAGCAGGGAACCCAGUUGCAAAUGACUUUUGGGAAUCACCCAGAGGCCAACGGCCAGGCCGAGCAACUGAAUCGCGCUGUACAACCCCUGUUAAACCACCAGUACCUCGCCCUGCUUGAGAAAAACGACGCGGCCGUAUACGCGUCGCGUCGGGCGGGGUACCCACCGGGGUGCGACCGGUAGCCCACAAAAAACGGGCAAAAAAAAAAGAAAAAAAAAAAAAAGAAAAAAAAACGAAAACAAAAACAGACCACGAAA